GUGCUUAAGAGGUGGCCUUGGGCGUCGGAUCUCGGAUGCAGCAGUUUUCUAUGUGCUGUCUGAAUUAUUGAUGGAGCUGGAGUAGAAAAGCCUUGCUUUCCUGGCUCGCCUGCUCCAGCCCUGUAUCCAGUGACUGCGCGCCCGUCUCAGUGAUGGGAGAGAAGGGCCAGACAGAGGAAUCUCACUACGAGGGGUUGUGUCAGUAUGCCCAGAAAAUCACCUCCUGCUUUGGACUGGACGUGGCACAUGCACAGGACACACACCACCCCGCAGAGAAGCCGGUGAUCGACUGUCAUAAAUGUGGGGAGCCAUGCAAAGGGGAGGUGCUGCGAGUCCAGUCAAGGCACUUCCAUAUCAAAUGCUUCACCUGCAAAGUCUGUGGCUGUGAUCUUGCACAGGGUGGGUUUUUUAUGAAGAACGGAGGCUAUCUGUGCACUCUGGACUACCAGCGCUUGCAUGGGACGCGCUGUAACGGCUGUGGGGAUUUCGUAGAGGGAGAGGUAGUCACUGCUCUUGGAAAGACCUACCAUCCAACCUGCUUCGUUUGCACCAUCUGCAAACGCCCAUUUCCAGCAGGAGACCGAGUUACCUUUAAUGGAAAAGACUGUCUUUGUCAGCGCUGCGUACAGCCGAUGUCUCCCAGCCCCAAAGAUAUCAGCAGCUCCAGCAAUUGUGCAGGCUGCGGUAGAGAUAUCAAGAAUGGCCAGGCUCUGCUGGCUCUCGAACGGCAGUGGCAUCUGGGCUGUUUCAAAUGCAAGGCAUGCGGGAAGGUUCUGACUGGAGAGUAUAUCAGCAAGGAUGACGCUCCCUACUGUGAAAAGGAUUUUCAGAUUCACUUUGGAGUGAAGUGUGAGGCCUGCCAUCAGUUCAUCACUGGGAAAGUCCUCGAGGCAGGGGACAAACACUAUCACCCCAGCUGUGCACGAUGCAGCAGGUGCAAUCAAAUGUUUACAGAAGGAGAGGAAAUGUACCUGCAAGGUUCAACUGUUUGGCAUCCAGAUUGUAAGAAUUCAAGCAGAGCUGAAGAAAAGCACAGGCCCACAAGAUCAUCCUGCGAAAGUAUUGCUUCCAGACCUGGUUCAAGUAUACCUGGCUCACCGGGCCACACCAUCUAUGCAAAAGUAGACAAUGAGAUCCUUGAUUACAAGGACUUAGCUGCAAUCCCCAAAGUCAAGGCAAUUUAUGACAUUGAGCGCCCAGAUUUGAUUACCUAUGAACCCUUUUACUCCAUCACCGAGGAGAGCCAGGAAAGGCAAAGUUUGGGAGAGCCUCAGCACCCUAAACGUGACAGAUCACCCAUGCCGGAAGAACGACCCCAGAGUCCUAGUAGCGACAGCUCACCUAGGUGCAGUGAAACAUCUCCAAGGACGCUGUCCCCUACACCAUCUGCUGAAGGUUACCAUGACAUGCGUGAGCGAAUGAUCCACAGAUCCACGAGUCAAGGAUCAAUCAGCUCUCCAGUCUACAGCCGUCAUAACUACACACCCACCUUGCCCCGCUCCCCCCAGCACUUUCACAGACCUGAGCUGCUUUCUUCUCCUGCAGUGCAGCGUCUGCCCUACCUGCACACUAGCAGUUUCAGCUCCAGCCACAAUGACUCCCGCCCCACUUCCCCAUUCCGACACCACUUCAUCCCCCAUAAUAAAGGCAAUGAGCCGUCCAGCGGUCGGAAUUCCCCUCUCCCCUUACGGCCCGACAGCCGCCCUCUCACUCCGACUUACGCACUGAACCUUAAACAUUUCCAUCUUCCAGACCAAGGCAUCAACAUCUACAGAAAACCACCCAUCUACAAGCAACAUGAUCCACCUGCCCAGAUCAAGUCUGCAGAGGAUAUCAUCAAGUCUGCCAAGUUCCCAGCAGCCUUCGCUCCCUCCCCUGAGGACACAGCAAAGAUUGAGACAGACCACUGGCCUUGCCCACCCUCACUUGCUGCCAUAGGACAUGACACGCGGCGACGCUCGAGAGAAGAGGAGGAGGAAGAAAUGCAGAAGCGCAGGCAGAUUCAAGAGGAACAUCUCAACAAGAUGCAGUCCGGUUUAGGGAAAUUGAUAUUAAAAGAAGAGAUGGAGAAGGAGAUGACUCAAGAACGAUACUCCCGAAACAUCUCUGCUCAGCGCUGCAAUUCUCUGCAAACGGACUCGUAUAAGUCAGAUCGAAAUGCCUCCAUGACCUCCUCUCUCCCUGGCUAUGGACGGAACGGCCUACACAGGCCACAGUCUACAGAUUUCUCUCAGUACAACAGCUACGGUGAUGUGUGUGGAGGUGUUAAAGAGUUCCAGCCUAUUCGAGAGGGACACUUACCUGUUUCAAGAAUGGACAGGGGAGUCUCAAUGCCUAAUAUGUUGGAACCAAAAGUAUAUCCAUAUGAAAUGCUCAUGGUGACCAACAGAGGGCGUGUUAAACUGCCAAGAGAUGUGGACAGAACAAGACUAGAGCGUCACUUGGCUGCAGACGUUUUCUUUGAUAUCUUCAGGAUGGAAAUCCAGGAAUUUGAUAGGUUACCUCUCUGGAAACGCAAUGCCAUGAAGAAAAAGGCAAAACUCUUCUGAAAGCAAACAGUGCAUGUUCUAUUUUUAAACACAAUGAAUAUAUCUCUAGAAUACUGUAAUAUACAUGUAGAGGGGUUUUUUUUGUGAACAACUUCAAGGAAACAAAACAAAAACAAGACAAACCCAUGCACUGAAGGAGAAGGGUGCCCUGCUUUAAGAGAGUAAUCUGUAGGUUAUAAGGGUGUAAAGAAGAUCAUUUAUCCCAAAAAAUAUUGACACAUGAAUUUUAUGUGUGUGUGCGUGUGUGUAUUUUUUUUUGCAAUGGCUUUGAAUGGAAAUUGCUUCCUUUUUAUUCUCAUUUCUUUGGCUGAGUUAAUAAAAGUACACUUUAUUGGUAGAACCUCGAGACACUGAAUGCUAAACCAAUUACUGCCACAAUUCAAACACAUGGCUUUGACAUAACAGUUCAGGAAGUUUCAGAAGCAGAAUAUACAGAGAUCUGUAAUCCAUCAACAGUGGAUCUGAGAAAACAGUUCCCAGUGUGAUGCAGAAAAUGAAACUUGCUUUGUUAUAAGCGCCUACCUGCUUGCAUUUUGCUGUUCUGUGGCUGCUGAAUUUUACCCAGUGAGCAUGAGCAGAAUUCCUAGUCGGGCCGCUAGGGGUCAGCAUUGUUCAGUAACUUGUUAGCUGCUGCUGCAAAGCUGUGCGAGGGGCUUGUUUCAUACUGGGCAGCAUUAAUGUUUAUUUUAAAUUAUUUUAAUUAAUGUGGCACUUCCAAUCUCUGCCUAAUCCCAAUAAAACAAACAUGCCAAAUGUCACUUGCAAACACUAUUUAUUCAGGAACGUAUAUAGCCCUGCUGUAUCCCAUCCUCUUGCAUGAAGUCCUCCUGUAUGUUAUAUAUAUAUAUAU